CUCCGAUUGCACCCUCCUCGUCCUCCGAUCAACCCCAUACCCAGUUGUGAAGCGAAGAUGGUGAAGUUGACGAUGAUUGCUCGUGUUACUGAUGGUCUUCCACUAGCAGAGGGACUGGAUGAUGGGCGUGAUAUUAAGGAUUCGGAAUUCUACAAACAACAAGUCAAGGCUCUAUUCAAGAACUUGUCAAGAGGCCAGAAUGAGCCUUCAAGGAUGUCAGUUGAAAGUGGACCUUAUAUAUUCCAUUAUAUUAUUGAAGGGCGUGUGUGUUACUUGACAAUGUGUGACCGAGCCUAUCCAAAGAAACUUGCCUUUCAGUACCUGGAAGAUCUCAAGAAUGAAUUUGAGCGUGUUAAUGGAGCCCAGAUUGAAACUGCUGCAAGACCAUAUGCUUUCAUUAAAUUCGAUACGUUCAUACAGAAAACCAAGAAAUUAUACCAGGAUACUCGUACUCAGCGGAACAUUUCAAAGUUGAAUGAUGAACUCUAUGAGGUCCACCAAAUAAUGACUCGCAAUGUUCAGGAAGUUCUUGGCGUCGGUGAAAAGUUGGACCAGGUCAGUCAAAUGUCCAAUCGUUUAACAUCAGAGACUCGUGCAUAUGCUGAAAAGGCGAGAGACUUGAAUCGACAGGCUCUGAUCCGUAAGUGGGCUCCUGUUGCCAUUGUUCUUGGAGUUGUUUUCCUUGUUUUCUGGGUCAAAACGAAGCUGUGGUGAUCAGACUGCUUCAACUUUCUGAAACUUGUGACAAUUUCAUGGGGUUCCUGUUCAUUGUUGUGACUGCUUCCAUCUGAUAUAGUCAUGCAGACUUUUGGGGCUUCAGAAUGGCUACUUUAUCCUCAAGUGAGAGGUUUAAAUGAUGUUUCGGGGUUAUUUUUUUUGGGUGGCGGAGUUCGAUGAAGAAAUUUAGUUCUGUAAGAACCUCUGCUAUUGGGGACAUACCCAUUAUAUGGAAGAGACUCAGGAACAGAUCUAGGAGUCGAAUCUUAUCAUACAGCUGGUAAAAGAGAAUAAUUUCUCAUUUAUAUAUACAUUGUCAAUUUUAUUCUCGCGUAUUCUGUCUACUACUAUUUGUGAUGAUUAGUUGAUUAUUAUGAGAGGACUUGUCAGGCUUUGUU